AUCAGUCAAUGUCCAUGGCUCCAACACAUCAACAUUCGGACCCUAAUCAUUACUAACAUCACUCUGCCACCUGACCCCUCUGCCCCUCCCACCCCCCUCACUCGAAUCACUCUCCAGCACAUUCGCCCCCGACCGACGCACGCCAACCGAGGAGGCACACACAAAGAUGCCGUCGAUGGCACUCAGCGACCUUGGCGGGAUCGUCUCCUCCCUCAUCCCUCGGCCCUCGACCGACGUGCAGGGAGGUGGUGGGCCACUAGGAGAGUGAGGGAGGGUGGUCGUGGUGCGGCUUCUCGAGUGCUUCCUGUUGAUGCACGGCCGCAGCUGCUUCGGUGACCCGUCAAUGAGCGAUGCACCCGACUCAGCAUUGGGCGCGCUGCCGGCCGCCGCGUCCCCAGCUUGCGUAGCCGACUGUGGGGAUGACGAUCCCGGGCCGAGUGAUGGGGUUGGUGUGUGGGUGGUGGCGGAGGCUGGCCCGUCGACGAGGAAGGCCUUGAGCGACUCGAUCCAGUGGUCCCGCUGGACGUCGUCACGGAGGACCAUGGGGUACGGGAAGGCCGACAUCUUGACGAUCACUGACUCCCCCUUCUGAAUCUCCAUGCGGGAACGGCCGUCGAUUGCCACCUACACACACGAGAGACCAACAGACAUGCAUUGUGUGCUGUGCGUCGUCUUGUCAGGUUGCUUGGCCUACCCAUGCGGUUGCACGGCUGUCGUCCGGGACCUUGAUGCGGAGUACGCCCGAGUCGUGCAGCACGAGGGGGCGGAAGGAGGGGAAGUGGGGACAGAUUGGGGUGAAGAGCAUGCACGGCACCUGGGGAUGCACCAUGGACCCGCCAGCUGACAUGCUGUAGGCCGUCGAGCCAGUGGGAGUUGCGAUGAUCAAACUGAUCAACCAAUACCACACAAUGCAUCCACUCGUCUGCCUGUCUGACGUUUGGCCCGCACCCGUCAGCUGCAACGGUUGCAAAGAACUCUUCGUUGUAGAACGCAUCAAGGUUAGUCAAGAAAGAACCAGGACCUGCAUGACACACACACGAUCAGACAAGGAAAACCGUGCAGGCUUUUUCCUCACUCUCCUCCUUGUGGCUGCCUGAUCUGACGCACCUCUGUCGACAACGCAGUCAUUGAUGGCGCUCAACUCGUGCUUAAUCACGUCACGUGAGUCAACCAGCAUCACCUCUGCACACACAGACACGUAGCGGUGCAUCACAUCCCUCCCGGCUUGCUCACUGAGUCUGCAUCUGAGGCAUAUGGAGAAGCCAGAGUGGACCAUCCGCCGCAGCACCGCCUUCAUCUCAGACACUUCAAAAUGAGUCAAGUAACCCAACGAACCCUGCAGCAAGCCAAACACACACACAACGCACAACGUCCGUCAUGCGGGGCCUGUCGGUACCAUGGAGAAUCCGACGACGGGCGGUACGACAUUGGUCAUGAGGUGUGAUGCCCAGAGCAUGGUGCCGUCGCCCCCCAGUGCGACCACAAAGUCGAUGUGGUUCCCCAGCUCCUCGGGAGGACCCUCCUCCUCGUGCCACGUCUUGACCAUCAUCGCACCCUGACACACGCACAGUGCGGAUGCGGGUCGUGCUGUGUCUGGGUGUAGUGGUAUACCGCUGAGACGAAUUUGUCUGAGGCGGUGGGCUCGACGAUCACCUGCAGGCCAAGCUCCUCCGACAAAAACCUGACGAGCAAAGGCCGCAUAUGACAUGCACGUACGUACCAUCGUAUCAACGGCUGAUCUCUCUCCCCACUGGUGCUUCUCUCACACUGCAAGUUCGACUGCCACUUUGGUCAUGCUUGGUGAGUUGAUGCGCUUAAUCAUGAGCACCCGCUGGGGCUUCUCCUUGAAGGUGCGGUAAAUGUUGCCCGUCUGCGCACGCGGCAAGUGGUCCAUCCUGCAGCCAACAAAGCGGCAAACGUAGUGUCUGUCCGCGCCCGGGUCGGUGUGUAGGUCAGCUCACUCGAGGUUGUGUCCAUCGGCGGCAUCAUCGGUCUGCCUGUAGAUGCGGAUGACGCUCUUGGCAGGCGACUCGGGCACAUGGUCAGAGUCCGCUGGCGACGGCUCCUGCCGCUCAGUCCACACGGCGGGAGUGAUCCCAGCUCCCGAAUUGAGCCCAGUGCCCGUCGUGCCACCAAUGGAGGCGUUGCCACCAGGUGUCUGGCUAUCCUUCGGCUUCCCGCUCGCAAAGAUGCUGGGAUUCGUGGACAUGCUGACAGGAGAGGAAACCACCGUAGUAAAAAACGGAAUGAAUGUGACGACUUGUCUGC